UUUCCCCUACUGUCUUCUCCAAUCCUCAAUUCCCCCUUUCCCUGUUCAUCCAUUUCUCUCUCCUCCUUCAAUUUCCCUUCUUCUCCACCAUGAACAACAAUCUCCAAUCAGACCAAAUCAACCAACUAAAAGACAUUUUCGCCCGAUUCGACAUGGAUUCCGACGGCAGUCUAACCCAUCUCGAACUCGCCGCCCUCCUCCGUUCUCUCGGCUUAAAACCCACCGGCGACCAGAUCCAUAACCUACUAUCAAACAUCGAUGCAAAUCGAAACGGGUCAAUCGAAUUCCAAGAACUUGUCGAGGCAAUCCUACCGGACAUGAACGAACAAGUUCUGAUUAACCAAGAACAGUUGAUGGAAGUUUUCCGGUCGUUUGAUCGCGACGGUAACGGUCAAAUUACGGCAGUGGAAUUAGCGGGUCAGAUGGCGAAGAUGGGUCAUCCUUUGACUUUUAAGGAAUUGACGGAGAUGAUGACGGAGGCAGAUGUUAACGGUGACGGUGUUAUUAGUUUUAAUGAAUUUGCUAAUAUUAUGGGUAGAUCUGCUGGUGAUUUUCUUGGCCUUAUUGUGAAUUAAAGUUGCUACAUUUUUAUUAGGGUUUGAUGAUUAACAUUUAACAUUUGGAUUAAUUUGAUUCAA